UGUCAAAUCUAUUUGUACAGUCAAUCAAAGCUCUUUCUCGUUUUAGAUGUGUUUAGUAUGUUUUUCGCGGCAUUCACGCUGAAAAAUAAUGCUGCCACUCAGUGGGCGUGGCCUCAGUCACAACGGCCGGCGGUGACGUCACGUGCACACCCAACUGACGACCCUCUGUGAAGCUCUGACACCUUCUGCCUCAGUCUGCACGAGCUCAGUUCAUGAUUGUGUCUGCAUAUCCUCCAACAACACUUCUCCUGUUUCCUCCAGUUGAUUGUGAGAAGGUUCUGGAACAUUUGCUGUGUUCAGAAGAGCAAUGAUCUUCCAGUACAAUCUGAUAUUUUUGUUCCUCUGUGGCUUCACUGCACUCUCUGUCUCAACAGAGACAUGUGGAAAAGAUCUACUAGUGGGAACGUCCUGCAUCAUGAAGCUACCAGAAAAAUACAACAACAAAUCUAAUGACAUAAAAUGGACCCAUUUCUCCAGUGACGCCGUAAUUGAGAGGAGAAAUAAGAAGACAAAGUCAAACACUCCAGGUUUAACAAUGGAAGAAGAUGGAUCAUUAAGAUUUCAAAGUGUUAGUCUGAAGAACACGGGCACAUAUACAUACACUGUUACUAGUUCUGAUGGUACAGAGAUUGGUAAAGGAGAAGCAGAAAUUAAAGUAUAUAAAAAGGUCCCUAAACCUACUGUGAAGAUCAACUGCACCGCUGAUGGGAAUGCUACUCUCUCCUGUGACGUGGGAAACAGAAAAUAUCCGAGUCUGAAUGUAUCCUGGCAUGAAGAUGGAAAACUCAUCCAGAAUGAAAUAAAAUCUCAAGUGUUCCUGUCAUCUACUCAAGUACAGGAGAAUAAACCGUACUCAUGCGAGACACACAAUCCUGUCAGCGAAAAUAAAAGUGAGAAUGUUACAGUAUCAUGUAAAGGCCCAGGUCUUACUAAACUUUUUGGCUUUAAUUUCUGGAUCCUGGUGGGCAUCCUAUCCGGCGGAUCAGCCCUUCUGCUGCUGCUAAUAUGUGUUUUCAUCAUCUGUGUGUGUCGCAUAUGUCUGCGAUGCAAAAAGCACCAACAAGAUCAGGAAGAGUUCAGGCUAGCAGAUCUUACCCCAGGUACAAAACAGAUCCAGACAGACCACUAGGGGGAAACCAGCACCCCCCCCCCCCCCCCCCCAUCCCGCAAGAAAACCCCAUGCCCUGCAGCCUAUCUCCGCAAACCCCGCCUCAAACCCUGUCUCAGGAAAAUCUGCCUCCCAUACCUCGCCUGAGGAACAAACAGCACCAAACCAAGAGAAAUCCAGAGCCCAUACUGACCAAUAGAAUGAGACACUUGAUUUUUCACUGAAUCAUAUGGGACUUUCCUAGAAUGAUUUUCAUUGACUAAAAGCCAUAUUUUGAUGAUUAAAGGAUUAGUUCACUUUCAAAUAAAAUUUUCCUGAUAAUUUACUCACCCCCAUGUCAUCCA